UUCCGGUACGAGUCGCACUGAUCUCUCGCCAGACUUCAAGACCAAGGUGGACGAAUUCCUCACAACCGUGACGACCCGGAUGAGGGAAAAUACCGCAGCCACCGAAAACGAUGGGGGCGAAGAGAAAUUUGCACCAACCACCCCAACAUCUCACGAUCUCGGGCAACAGCAGGAUAGGGGAUGGACUCAUAAAGGAAUCCAAGUGCCAUAUUUUGGCGGCGAGGAAGUAUCGACAGACCGAGAUGGAACAGCGGUGUUUCCACGUGGUGGUGGUGCAGAGAAGGGUAGCACGGAUAGCCCCGACAAUGAACCAACGGAAAGCAGCAUCAGCGGCGAUGGCGGCAAGUCUGAUUCUGAUCUUCCAGAAAUCUUGGAACUCCCUCCAGUUUGUGAAAGGGGUAGCCCACAGCGAGGGAUGAAUUUGCUAGGAUCAAUGGAUGGGAGUUCACGAGGGACGGCGAUACGACAUACAUCAAUGCCCCACCACACGUGUGGAGGAAACUGAAGCUAUCGAGGAUUCGUGUGCUGUAGGGCGGUAGAUGCCGUUCGGAUAGUCUCGUCAUAGUUUCCAGAGGGUUAUAUGUGCGACCUUCGUAUUGUUGCACACCGUUGUACUAUUGAGGAGCGUUGCCGUGGAAGGUGUGCUUGCAGCAUCAUCCAUGAGCGUGCAAAAUUCCCGCUGGGGUGCAUUUAGUAUAUGAAAGUCGUUAGAUAUCCGCGGGCACGAUGGCCUUGCUUGCCAUGGUUUCCACAGUGGUCCAUGCUUGAGCCGGAUCACCGCCAAAAUGAUGGAAUUCAUGUAAUAUGCCUGUGCAACAUGGAAUUAGUCCCACGUUCUGGUACACUUGCUGAUUUGGAUUCCUACGUCGACAUGUGCCGUCGUUUGCACCCUGCCACAGAGCGUAACAUCUAUAUAUAUAUAUAUAUCCGUAGAGCGUGAAGGUGGCAUGACAGUGAAAUAGUUCGUGGUGUAGUUUGUGCUAAACGCCUGCCAUUCGCUCGCACUGCAAGUAGUGGGCAUGCAACCCUUGGGCACGUUGGUCGUUUUUUCGAUUUUACCGCUGUGAUAUUCUUUAGACUACCGUAAGCCUCUCUACUCUGUCGAGUGCGCGUACGCCCGAGGCACGCGCGACCACAUCCGGAACUCGUUUAUUGCUGUGGUUGUUAUUGCUGUGGUUGUUGUUGAUGGUGAUGGUGCUGCUGUUGCUGUUGCCGACAAAUGGAAGGUGGGCGUCCUGGACGAGAAGGCUUUGCGGCUGAAGGUGCAGCAUGUCGUCGAGGCCCAACGUUACCUGCAAAAGUAGGUUCUCGACAAGGUGCAGGCGAGUCGGAGUCAGCACCGAGCGUAUGCGCGUGUUGGGAGCCUAUCUGAAAUUGUGGUGGGGGACUACGUGUUGAUGGCACGCAUUCGCCGGCGUGGGUUCACACCGAAAAUUCUUAUCACCUGGAGGGGGCCGUGGAGCAUUGUCGUCGCCGAGAGACCGCAAGUGUACGGAGUCCAGAACAUCGUGUCGGGCGAAGUUCGGAAUGUCCACGUCGCGCGCGUGCGGUUCAACGCCGAUGCCGCUCUCGAUUUCACGGCAGAGUUGAAGGAAGUUUGUCAGCAUGCUUUCGCGCGAGAUUGUGGAAAUGUUGGUGGCGGAAGACGGUCCUGGGUUUGAUGUGGAGGUGGAGGGGUUCGGUUUCGACAAGGAAGACAAACCUGGGAAAAGCUGCCAAAGGUCCGGGAUGCCGUUUGUCAAAUCCGGCCUGCGGCGGCUGGGUUUUCCGAAAAAGGUUCGGGCUCAGUGGAAGCAACAAUACGGCAUUACCUUGUAAGUAAUUCGUUUGAGUUGAGUGAAGGCCGUCUUGUUUGUUUGCGUAUGGCGUUUCUCCGCUAACUUCUCUUGAGUUUGUGCUUCAUUCGUUUGAGUUGAGUGAGGGCUAUCCUGUCGAGUAUUGAUGGCAUUUCUUCGCUGACUGCUUGAUGUACAUUCUUCAGCAUGCCGCGCAUUUAUUUGGUUGUGGCGUGCCUGACUCUGGCAUGUGUAGGUAGACCACUGUCAACCGCGUUGCCUAGUGUUGGGGGUGCCUUGGCUAGUCUGAUGGUUGCAUGUGGUUGAACUGCUUUGAGGCCGCCUUUGACACCGUGUUGGUGGCAGUUCUCUGCGAGCUGCGUACGUUUUGAAUUUGUAACGUUGAUUGGCUUAUUCGGCAAUCAUGUCGAUCGUUGCACCAUGGAUAUCGAUAUUUCGAGGAACUUCAAUUCAACCUUGGAAGCGCCUCGCAACGGCUUUUGUUGUUUCUUUCAUCGUUUUCCCUGCGCGUUGCAAACGAACCCGCACGCUUCAAGUUGGUUGCGCCGUGUUGGUCGUCUAUCAACUACUUAAGUUUGCUUCUGUUUUCGAGCGCGCGGCCUUAGCCAAUCUAUAUAGUGUGAUCGUCCGUCACCUGCGUGUUGUUGUCAUUUGUAGCGUCGCGUGCCUUUCAUUGUUGAAUGGGAGCAUUCCACGCUUUACAUGGGAGGUUGAACACUUGCGCUUACUAAAGAAAUGGCAUGGUACUCCGGCAUGAGAUCCCCAUGUAUCGCUGUUUAUCAUUCAUGAAACACCGCUGUCGAUUAUCUUGAAUAUUUCCAAGUGCCUACUAUCUGAUGGGCAUUGUGGAUGCGGUGCACCUGGGUAGCAGUAGUUCACGGUGAGGAGCCGACUUUGCAUAUCUGCACGUCUAAGGUAAGGUAGAUCGGGGUUUCAAUUUGCCUGGUUGGCAUGUUUGAGGAGAGCGAGAUUGAUGAUAGAUAAAGAGAGAGAGACUCGUUCGUGUGAAAUAAUACAUCUUGCUACCAUCACUCAGAAGGUACAUCGACCAGCCCCCCCCACCGAGGCCACGUGGGGAGAAUUCUGGUCCUAGACCCUGCUUAUUUUCAGUCGUGUCUACAGGUAUCUUCUCUUUUACGACUUGGUAUGAAGAAGAUACUUGCUCAAUCACGUAUCUUCUUCGUACAUGUAUCAUACCCGAACAAUAGGAAGCUAGGAUCUCGUGGCAUGUAGACUAGAUUAUACAGUCUACGCAACAAUCGAGGGAGAAACAGCUGAAUCAUUGUCGCUAAAAUAAUGAACGCAAGCACCGCAAAAGGAAGGAAGAUACUUCAACUCCUGUGUGAUCCCGGAUGGUACGUCCAGAAUUGCUCCCU